AUGGAACCCGCAGCUCCCUUUAACCCACCUUCGACGGAUCUCCCUGGAAAGCCCGUUGUCCCGGAAUGGGUUCCUCCUCCAGUCACACAAGAGAAGCACAACUUUGCUCAACUCAAGUCUAUUGAUCUUUCAUUGCUUGAUUCCGAGGACCCUGCUGUCGUGGAAAACCUUAUUCAACAGGUCAAGACUGCUAUCCGAGAUGAUGGAUUCCUUUUCCUCGAGAACUAUGGUGUUUCACUUGAGCAGCUUCACCGCCAAUUCUCCCUUGCCCAAUACCUAUAUAACAACAUCAGUGAGGAGGACAAGCAGCGCCUCCUUUUCGAGCCCGAUAGCGGUAAAUGGUCAGGAUAUAAGCACCCAUACGGCUUCAAGCGCCACCGUGGACCUGCCGAUGGUAUUGAGCAGUUCAACUGGUAUACCGCCGACUGGCAAGACAUCGAGAACCGCGUCCCCAACUGUCUACAUCCCUUCAUGGACGAAAUCGAAGCUUUCGCCAACUACCUCACCAAGUCCGUGAACCGACGACUACUCACUCUAUUUUCUCGCGUCCUCGAGCUGCCAGAUGAUUACCUCUGGGAUAACGUCCAGUCGCACGGUAGUCCCACUGGCGAAGGCUACUUCCGCCACGCUCUGUUCCGGCCAGUCAAGAAGGAGACUCAAGAGGCAUCCAAGGGCCUGCGGAUGCACGGUCACACCGACUUCGGAUUGACUACACUACUUUUCUCCGUGCCUAUCUCAUGUCUUCAGAUUUGGGGCCGUGAUGAGCAGUGGUACUAUGUCCCUUACAAGCCCGGUGCCCUGGUGAUCAACAUCGGUGAUACUUUGGAGAUUGUCUCGGGUGGUCACUUCAAGGCCACUCGCCAUCGGGUCUUCAAGCCUCCAGUCGACCAGUUGAAUGAGGAGCGCCUAUCUCUGGUGCUUUUCAACAGCUCUCUUGGUGAUAUGCGCAUGGCGCCAGCCGUUGAAUCACCACUCAUCCAGCGCGAAGGCUGUGUCGAAGAGCAAGGCGUCUACAAGGAGUUCAAGAGGCUCACUGAUGAAGGACGCCUUGUCCCUACCAACAAGCAAUGGAGAGAGAUUCAGAUUGCUACAUGCACAGACCCCACAGAUACAGUCAACAACCGUGUUGGUGCACACCAAACGAUUGUCGAUGGCAAGGUCAUGCAUCAGCGAGAAUACAUGGGCGUCAAGGUUGUCCUUCCAGUCUAA